AGCGGCAGCAGCAUCGUUGUCCGACAAUGUCUCGGCUCGUGAGCUCCCUGGGCGUCUUCCUCCAGGUGAACGCCUUCGCCUGCCUCACCCUCUCCUACCUGCUCUACGUCCUGCUGGGAGGCCUGGUGUUCACCUUGGUGGAGAGGCCGGUGGAGGAGGAGCUGAGGGCGGAGGUGGAGGAGCUGCAUCGCGCCUUCCUGCGGGAGAACCCUUGCGUUGAAGAGGGCCGGCUGGGGGAGCUGCUGGGUAGAGCUCUGUGGGCGCAGGACAGCGACGUGGCCGUCCUGAACGACGAGGCGGACGAGACGGGCUCGGACUUCACGUCCUCGCUCUACUUUGUCAUCGUCACUCUCACCACCAUCGGCUCUGACACUUACACCCCCAAAUCAGAUGAGGCCAAACUGUUCUGUAUCUUCUACUGCACCCUGGGGAUCCCCUUCACCAUGUUCCUCCUCACCCUCCUCUCCAGGCUCCUCCUCCCUGUCGUCACCCACGCCCCCCUCUACCACCUACGCUAUCUCUGGGGGCUGCCCCACCCUCACGCCGCCCUCGUCCACAGCCUGUCCCUCUUUGUGCUCGUCGUCCUCGUCCUCUUCGUCCUCCCCGCCCUCCUGGUGUCCGUGGUGGUGGAGCCAGACUGGAGCUUCCUGGACGCUCUGUUCUUCUGCUUCGUCACUCUGAGCACCGUGGGCCAGGGAGGAAGCUCUCUGGGGAGGAGCUGGGGGCCGACGGCCAAGGAGACACUCAAACUCCUCACCACAUGUUACCUUGUCGUGGGCCUGGUGGCGAUCGUCGUCUUUAAGGACACUCUGCUGCAGGUUCCCCAGGUUCUGGCAGCCAUGAGGCUCUUCUCCGGUCCACACUACACAGACCUGGAAGGUUUCCACCUCGGUGAAAUGACACUGAGUAACGACGGCUGUGAGGGGCAGCCUGAGUACUCCCAGUCCGUCUGUACCAUCUCCUCCACGCCACUGGAGCUCAAGAGCCCCUGUUCAGACCUUCCCAGAGACGGAGUCCUUGCUACUAAAACCACCUCAUGUUCAUAACUGCACAUAUAAGGCUCCUUCAGCUUCUGAUUCAGUUUCCUUUUAUGUCCAUGUACACUUGGUGGACUCUCCUUCAGUCACAUUUCAGAUAGAAGCUGCAGUUCAUAGAGAAAUUAAAUAACAAUGAUUGACAGUGCUGCCUGUUUUUAUACAGUCUAUGCAUUAUCUGCAACACGUAGUCAUUUUGUUUUCCGGUUCAUUUUCACACCACUGUCACACCAUUUUCACAUAUAACACAAACAAGAAACAACAAUCUGUGUGCAAAUCCCUCAGACAGGAACUGUAAAAGACGAAAUAAAACCCUUAAUUUAUCAUGACAUAAUCAAUUUCACACACAA